CUCCAAAACAACAAUGUAACGAACACCAGUCACCGACGUCACGACGGCGACGCUGCUUUUCAUUUUUUAAGUUUCAGUAAGUACUUUAAAACCCAACCAUUUUGAGUAUUUGAUUAACCUCCUACCACGUCCUCGUGAUAAGGAUGUCUGCUUUUACAACUCCUCGCAAGUCUCUUCGGUUACGUAAAAAUGAACCGUCGCCGUUUUUAAAAAGUAGAAAACGUGAGUUAUUCCCGGUGGAUAACUGGGAUGAAGACAGCCAUGACAUUAUUCCGCUUCAGUCAUCUCCUGAAGUGUAUGAUCCUGGACUUGAUUCUCCGGAAUCGUCUUAUAACAUGAAUUGCACUCCAAUCACUGAAUUAAGUCCAUCUAUGAGUGAUAAAUUUGAAAGACUUAUGUCGGGAUCAAAGAAUGGACAUGAAUGUUCUGCUACCAUUGUUAUCGAGGAAACUCCAAGUUCAAGACGAAUUAAAAAUGUUAACACAACACCGUUUGAAUCAGAAACUAACAAAGCAGCUAAAACUCCUUCAAAAAAAAGCUUUAGUUUAAAUAAUAAGGCUGUAUUAGGAGUAAAAACAUUAAACUUUUAUGGCAGUAAUCAAAUAUCAUUAGAAGAUCUUCGUGUUAAAAGAUUUACUCGCUUAAAUUAUAAUCCAAAAGUAAAAGCUAAACUGUUUAAAGAUACAAAAUCAACGAGUAAGAAAAGACCAAGAUCAACCAGUCAAGAACAAAAACCCAAGAUAAUUUUGUUUCCUGGUGUUACAUUGCCAUUUAAAAAGAAAUCUACAAAUAAAAAACCAUUCAUCAAAACCGAUAUCAAAACUGAAUUAUGUGAAGAAAAAGAUGAUUUAAUUGAAAACAAUGAAGUAGUUAAAAAAAACAAUUUUGAUUUUUCUAAACCAUCUUCUUCUUCAAAAAAUGUCUGGACACAAUAUAUUAAACAGGAAAAACCUGAACGUAUAAAAAUUGAGGAUUCGGAUAACAGAAAAUUUUUUAAAUCAAAAGUAAUUCAUAAUGAUACACCAAACAGAAAAGAUAAUAGCUUUAACUUUAAAGUUGUAAACUGGGGUGAUGAAAAUAGGAUGAGCACUGUCGAUCAAUCUGAUUUUAAUAACACAGAAAUACUUGAUGAUAGUGCAAUUGAACAAAUUGGACAAGAAGUUAAUGAUUUAAUAGAAUUGUUAGAUGAUGAAGAUGAUGAUGACAAUUCAACAGCUGUACGUUACCCUGGUCUUGCAUCAAACUCUACAAAAAGAAAUCAUGAAGAUCGAGAUGAUGAAGAUUCGUGUACAGGACUAGAUUCAAAACGAUUGAAGUCAGAUGUACAAAGCCAAAACCAUAUUAUUUUAAGAAGUCAAAUGCCAGAUUUGAUUAAAGAUGCUUAUGCUAUUGAUGAAAAUUGUUAUUCAGCUUAUUCAUCACAAAAAUAUGUGUCAAGUACAUCUGAAUUAAAUAAUAUGGUCUUAGAUGAAUCUAUAGAUACUUCAAAUGAUUCUUUUGUUAUUUUAAAUAAAUCGCCACAAACAAAGUUGUUCCCUAUUUUUACCAAUCAAUCGCCUUCUCCUAGUCAUAUGGCAUGUGAAAAACCUACAGCACGAAGAAUAAAAAGAAUUAUUGAUGCUACUCAAUAUCAAAUUGAUGCAGGCCAAAAGAAAUUUGGUGGUUUUUUGUGCAAACAAUGUGGUCUUUAUUAUUCAAGAGGUGAACCAGAAGAUGAAGCAGAACAUGAUAAAUACCAUGCAGCCAAGAAUAUUUUUAAGUAUAAUAGCUUUAAACAUGAAAAAGUUCUUUAUCAAGACACUAAUGAACGUAUUGUUGUUAUAUCUGGCUCAGAUCCUAAAAUAGCAUGUACCAAAGCUUUAGAAGUUAUAUCAUUUGUUGAUGUAGAACUUGGCUUUAACACACAAAAUUCUGUUCUACCUACGACUAAAAAGGUUUAUUUGUAUAUAAAAGACAAACAAGUGAUUGGAUGCCUAGUAGCAGAACUAAUAUCUGAGGCUUAUCGUAAUCUAGAAACUGAAACAGAAGACAUGGUUAUUGUGUCUGAAGAAUCAUAUCCUGUAAAAGUUGGUGUUAACCGUAUUUGGACUAAAUGGGACUGUCGUAAAAGUGGAAUUGCUUCAAAACUCCUAGACUGUUUCCGGAAAAACUAUGCGUAUGGUCAUAUAUUGACACUUGAUGAAAUAGCAUUUACAGUACCCACACGUGCCGGAAAACAAUUCAUUAAAAAAUACACUAACAAAAAUGAUUAUUUUGUCUAUACUGGAUGGUAAUUAUGAGUUCAUUCUUAAGAAUAAUUUAAAACAACUUUUUUACUAUUUAUAAUUUUUUUUCAUUGUUAAGAUAAGAUUAAGUCCUAGUGUUUAAACAUGAUAUUCUUAUGAAAUUUUAAUGUUUAAUAUUGACUAAGUUUUUAACAAUAGAAACUUAUUUAAUUACCAGAUCAAUAGCUUCUCUUCAAAUACAAUGUUUUCAUAACUUAUUGACAAUUAAAAUUAUAUUUUUAUACUUAUCUAAUUAUAAUAUUGUAAAAAAUGUUCAAUAAUGCAUUUCAUAAUCAAAAUACUAAAGACUUGUAUUAAAUUAUUAUUAUUUUUUACUAUUUGAAUCAAAUAAGUUACAUUUAAGUUUCUAAAUUCAAAUUCAUCUAACUGUAUAAUAUUAAGUUUUGAAUUGUAAGUAUGCAUAGUCCUAAUGUGAGCAAUUUGUAUAGUUUAUUUACUUAACUAGAGAUAGUAGUAUUUAUAUAUUUUCUGUCUUACGCAUAUUUAUUUUUAAUAAUUAUGCACCUAUCUAUGUCAUAAAUUAAUAUGUUUCAUUUUUUAUAAUAAUAAAGCUGUGGUUCAUUAACUUGAUGUUAAUUUGAUUUUAGAAAACAAAAAUAAACAUAAUGUUUGUAACAGAGGUUUUCAGAAAAUGCUAGAAUAAUAGUUAAAUUAACCCACUUAUCUAUAUAUUAUAUUUUUUUACUUUAUACCCGGGCAACCAAGACAUUUCUCUAAUUUGCUUGAAUAAAAACUUGGUAAACUUAA